UUAUUCAGACGGUCCUGCAGCAUUGCUAGAUUUCUUGUUGAAUCGAUAUCAAAUCAGGUACUGUUCAUGUUGCCUUGUUUGGCCAGAAACGCAGUUGCGUGUCCAUUCCCUGCAAGGUUCAUCGAACACGACGGACACGUUGCUUCACCGAACGGAAAACCAACCAGCGUUCCGUUCAGAAAGCAACACGAAUGCUGCUAUAACCUCCCGGGAACCAACGACAGCCAGUGACAGCAGCUGGAAUGAAAAUGCAGUUUCCAAUAGUUCUAAUUCUCCCAGGUCUGUGCUUCCUCGUCUGUGAUGCGCAAAUAUGCAAAACAAGGCGAUGUCAAAUGUCUGGUCUCUACCAGGAGCAGGUCAGCUCUAUCAAUACUGUAGGAGUAUUGUACUACAGCUCACUCACCAAACAGCACGCCCAUUGGCGAAACGUGAUGUAUGGUCAGCAAGUCUAUGCACCGUUUUCUCCGGCUUCACAAUGCAACAUGUUGGUACGCUACGUGAACUUCUACAUUCAAGGAGGAUCAGCCUGUCAAACAGAUAUUCAAAUUAUCCGCGGAGGGAAGGUGGACACGUUGCACCACAUCGCACAUUGUGGCCCAACGGAACAAAGUUGUCUUCGAUGGCAUCUUCUGGAUUUGCUGUCAGCUAAUCUAAGGCAACAGUGUCCGCAGACAUCUCAAGUGAGAGUCUUCAUCAAACCAUUGGUGGUAAACAAAAUAGUCUAUAAGUGCAGUGUCAGUGCAAACUCGAUCAAUAUACCGAUCAUCCGUCUCUUCAUGGAAUACACGACAGAGCCCCCUACACUGGCACCCACUUCAGAUAGACCUAUGCUGACAACUGUCAUAGCAAGACCUGCAACAUCCAAAUAUAUACCAGCCGAACCAAGAAAUACAUCCAUUUCACCGACCAUCACCGCAACAGAGCACACCACACAGCCUACAUCCGAGGUCACAACAACAAUUGGAAAUUGGCCUGUGAAACCAUCCGACGAAAAGCCCGAUUCGGUACAAUCACAGUCAACUGUAACAACCACAUCAUCCACUACGACUUCAGCUGAAUCACAUAUAUCGAGUAUGAACAGCGCUGGAACAGACGAAAACGCAAUCCCCACUACACACGAAGCAACAGCUGCAGCUCCUCUACCGACAAUUCAAUCGACCAGCGCAUCUCUGAUUGCUGAAUCGACCAACCACACCUGGAUAGGUAUACUGACAGGAAGCAUUCUAACUGUAGUUCUUAUUGCUGGACUAUUCGUGAUUCUAUGUAAGAAGUGCCGCCGAGCCUCCGCGCAGGUCCGGAUAACUGACACCCAAGCUCAUACUAACAAGCCGGACACCCAGGCGUUCAGCAAUCCUGAUUAUAGCUGCUCCGACUUGCGUGGAAAUGCGUGUGACCCAACACGAACCGUGUAUUAUGCCAACCCACACCGAGACUACCUACCAAACCAACCAGGGGCCACGGGGACACAUUACACAAACACGAAUCCACAGGAUUGCAACAACCUUUUGCCACAGACAUCGAACACGUCCAAGGCUGAGGCAGAAUACUCAUUUGCUGGUGCAGUGUCAGACCAACUUAACAUGCCCCAACAGGAAAACCGGGAACAUCCCCUUUACUCUUUUGCAGAGGAAACCUCCGUUCUAGACCUACAACAACGAACUGUUUCCACCUAUGAUAAACUGCGCUAUGCAAGCAAGGAAUGGGGCACUGACGGAGACGCAAGGCAACAAGUGUAUUCUGAUGUGAAGGAAAUUGACCAUUUCCACCAACCACAACAGUCAGAGUCAUUAUACGACAAACUAUGCCAUCCCAACUGUGCGAAGGAACGGGAAUUCAGCGGGGAGCGACAAUCACAGAUGGAUCAUGGCGAAAAUGCAAGUGCCCCCGAAGAUCAGCCAGAGGAAUUGGACCCUACGUACGACAACGUACCAGAGCACAAAGAAGGCAAGGAAUCCUGCGCUUUUGCAGACAUACAGCAACAGGACUAUGACAACGUUGAUCUGCGUUAAAGUGGGUUUUACACAGCAGAUACGUGCGGCAACCAAGAUCCAAA